UCGAGAAGUAUAAACAGUUGCCAAAAUCCAUUCAAACGUAACGUAGCCAUUUUUCGCUUGUCCGGUUGCCAUUGCAUUAACACCUCCAUAUUUCGUGAAACGAGAAAAGGAUACAACAUCAUUAUGUUUGCCCAACGUCGUCAUUCAUCUUCCGGUCGCAUGGCCUUCAGUUCCGUUGCCGUCGUUGUCUUGUGCUGCCUGGCCGUUGCAGCUGAGGCUCAACUGGCCUUCCACACGGAUGCCAAUACCAAUUCGUUUACUUUGAAAACACCCGGAUUACAACAAAGUUUCACACGUUAUUUUGGUGGACAAGGUGCUAACUUGCAACAACAACAGCAGCAACAACUCCAACAAUAUCAACAACCACAACAAGCCCAGUACACCUCCUUGGCUGCUAACCAACAGCAAUAUCAACAACCUCAAUUUGGAGCCGGCGCUGCCUAUGCCCAACAAUUGCAACAGCAACAACAGGCGACCCAAUAUGCCAACUACGCCGCUGCUGGUGCCGUUCCUGCUCAGGCUGCUGCCUAUCAACCCAAUCAAUAUGCUCAGACUUUGCAACAAUUGCAACAACGUCAACAAUACGCUGCCCAGCAACCUCAAUAUCAACAACAAUUGGCCGCUCAACAAGCCCAACAACCCCAAGCCCAACAGCCACAGGCUCAAUAUUCCCCCGAUCAAUACAAUGCUUAUUAUGCUUAUCAGCAACAACAACAAGCUCUUGCCCAGCAACAAUUGGCCCAACAACAACAACAGCAGCAACAACAACAAUUGUACUAUGCCCAACAACAACGUGAACUGUUGAAACAACUCUACAGCAAUCAACCCGCUGCCCAACAACAACAAGCCGUUGCUCAACAACAACAACCUCAAGCCAAUCAAUACUACACCGCUGAACAGUAUGCCGAUUAUUUGAGCAAGCAACAAGCUGUCCAACAACAAGCUGCCCAACAACAACAAUACCAGCCCACUAACUAUGCCACAGCUGCCACCGUUGCUACUCCCACCACCCCAGCCACCCAUACCCAGGCCUAUACCACUUCUGCUGCCCCCGUCGAAGCCUCACCCGUUCCACCUCGCAACGGUUUGGAAAGUGGCCAAUACUCACCCUCCGAUAAGGUCUCGUCCGUCAAAUUCCAAAGCGGCAAUUUGGCCUACAAUUUCUAGGGAGCGACA